UGAAGAAUGACGUGGCUGGAGGUCAUUGGCGGGACCGCGCCGGGAAAGAGGAGUAAUUCCGGAAUCUAUAAAUUAGAAGGUUCGGGUGAACAGUUGUCUGUAAUCAGGUCAAAACUGUGAAACCGAAGCCUGAACAAUAUUGGCUGAGAGAGAGAGGUGAGGGAGGGAGAGAGAAAUGGCGCUAUCGUGCUUUGCUUGUUUCGGCGGAGGGAACAAGCAGCAGAGACGGGAGGAAGAGGAACGAGUCUCGUUGGAGGCUCGAGCCAAAGCCGCCGAAGCCGCUCAGAGAAGGCAAGAAGAAUUCGAAAAAUCUGCUGCUGGAAGGGCUGCAAAGGCACAGUUACAGGCAAUGGCAAAGCAAUCUGCAAACCAGAAUAAAGGCGAACCGGUUCUCAAGUGGCAAAUGGGUUGACUUUAAGCUUUAUCAUCUCUUCAGCUUCAGAUUCUGAUUGCUCCUGAUCGUAUUUCAGCGGUUCUUCCUCCUGUUUUAGAUGGCCGGCUGUACAUAUCUUGGGUAUUAGUUAACCCCCCAUAUGCGUUUCUCUCUCCCUCUGUCUCUCUGUCUCUGUCCAUCAAAUACUGGUAUAUGAGCUCUCUCUAGUCGCUUACCUCUAUUCAUGUUGAAUGAAUACUCUGAAGUAGGAGGGCUGAAUGGUUGUAUAAACUAUAUGAAACGUAAAGUUCAUGCUUCUAUUUCUUUUCAAUACAUAUACAUAAAUAUAUUUCGUCAAC